AUGAGCACGCAGGUGCGCGCUAGAAGCAUCCGUGGCAGCAGCAGGUCCGCACCAGAAGCUUACGAACGCGCAGCAUGGCCACUCACACCAGCGAUCUCGAGGCCCUCGCCCGCUCCCUGCAUCCCGUCGCCAGUGCUCAUCUCGGCCGUCCAUUCCGCAGCAGCAGCAAUCUCGGCCGUUUCUGAACCUUCGCUGGCACGGGGGUCAUCUCGCACGCUCUCGUCUGCUUCACGCCCUUCCGAAGCUUCAACUUUGUCAAACCCUUCCAUAGCAGCCGCCGAUUCGAUCUCGCCCUCCCUCAAUCUCACUCCCCUCACUCCCUCUCACCUCACUCCCACUCUCCUCACCCCUCCCCUCACUCCCUCCCCCCGCACUCCUCCCCUCACUCCUCCCCACACUCCUCCCCUCACUCUUCCCCUCGUUCCUCCCCUCACUCCUCCCCUCACUCCCUCUCCCCUCACUCCUCCCCUCACUCCCUCUCCUCUCACUCACUCCCCUCGCCUUUCUCUACCAGCACUGCAGCACCGCCAUCGUCCCCGUCGUCCCCGUUUGCCCAUUCCCCACAUCAGUCAUCACCGCAGCACGAGAACCUCCCCUGGUCACCAGCACAGCGGCACCGCCAGGGUCCCCGUUUACACGGCCCCAACAUCAGCUAUUACCGCAGCACAAGAACCUCCCCCAGCUGCCACCUCCCCCUCCCGCGCCGCGACGGCUGGUCGUUUUCACAGGGGCUCACGGCUGUCUUUGACCAGCACGUGCUUUCAGGCGGCCUUGCUUUCUCCUCCAGCAAGGGAGCGAUGGGUCAUUUGUUGGGGGGCCGCAGGGGCAGUGGAAGCAGCUGCACUGUAUUUUUAUCUCCUGCAUGUCCCUCCCUCACAUACUGCUGUCAUUGAAGCUUCUUUCCUACAGUUGUCAAUCUCCGUCCAUCUGCUCCUCCUGCCUGAUCCCCUCUCCCUCGAAUCUCUACUCCCCAACCCUUCUUCUGCUUGCUUCCUAUCCUUUCUUCCCAAUCCCUCCUCCGCUCGCCUUCUCCCCCUCCUCUCCAACAACCCCCCCCUCUCCUGCUUCCCCCGCCCCCCACUCUUCAGGGCGUGCAACUGCAAGUCAACAUGCCUCAACUUGCAGUCUCACUUCCUUCCCUGGGAAAGGUUCAGGGAUACCGCCCUAAGCAGCAGCAGCAGCAGCACCUCCUCACAUCCUGCUAAAUGCAUUUCGGAGUGCAUUGCUGGGAGCAAUGUGGCGCCACCCAACCUUCUCAGCUUCUUCCAUCUCCCUGCUCUUGAGGAACCUCCAUGCCAGGGCAAAGAAGAUCCGAACUGCACUCUGAAAAGCAGGAAUUAUAUGGAUUUUCACU